CAUGAAUGAGAGAUUGGACCUGGAUCUGGACCGAGCGUGAAGCUAAGAGUCAGCGCUACAUGUUGAAGUUGUUCAAGAUUCGAAUACCCAAUUCAGAUCUAUUUAGAAAGCUUCAUUUUAUCUAUCUAUUUCAAGACUCUGGACCAAAAUGAGAAAAGGAUGCUGCUUUAAAACGAGGACUGUGGAAGAUGUUGGAGUUCUAAAAUGAAUCACUGGAAGUCAUUGUGCAAUGAUGAUGUUUUCCAAAUUUGGCAAAUUUCAAUCAACUAGUCUCAAUUAUAUUGCAUCAUCUGGAACUACAGGCAAAGAAUAAUGCAGUACAUUCUCAACUGAAGCCCAAAGGCAUUCAAAUGACUUUGAAAAUAAGAUUGACAUCAGAAGACACUAAGGAUAUAUCAUCAGACAAUACAAGGAACCAUCAAGUGGAAUUCUGAAAGUGAUUAUUCUCAUAUUUCCCACCUACAAGAAUCACACAUUCUGGGAACUGUUUGAACGGUGGUAACAUUUACAGCUUAUUUGGAAAUGUCAAACCAUUUAACUGGAGAUGCUUCAUUCAAUUCCAGACAGGAGCUGCUGAAUUUAAAUGAACCCUGCUCAAGUGUUAAUAACUUGGACAUUCAAACGUCUACAGAAACCAACAACAAAAUACAGUGCAAUGGGACAAGGUUAGAAGACAGCUCACGCCAGUUUGCAUUAAUUCCAAGCAAAACUGAAAAUAUGUGCGGCUGGGAUUUUCUGAAGCCCAAAUGUUUGCAAGUGUUCAAUACACCGAAAGGAGUGCUCUUCUUCCUCUGCAGUGCUUCCUUUCUCCAAGGAAUGAUCGUGAACGGAUUUAUAAAUACAGUGAUUACCUCAAUUGAACGGAGAUUUGACCUACGCAGUUAUCACAGUGGAAUGAUUGCCAGCUCCUAUGACAUUGCAGCAUGUGUCUGCUUGAUUUUUGUCAGCUACUUUGGCGGCAGUGGCCACAAGCCACGUUGGCUUGGCUGGGGGGUUCUAAUCAUGGCUUUGGGAUCAGUAGUGUUUACCGUGCCGCACUUUAUCUCUGGUCGUUAUGUGGUCACUAUAUCUGAGAAUACUGGAUUCUGCCAGUCUAAUCAGGCUACAAUGUGUGACGAAGGUUCAUCCAGUUAUUCCAGCUACCGAUUUCUCUUUAUGCUUGGACAGUUCCUCCAUGGUGUUGGAGCAACUCCACUCUACACCUUGGGCGUGACCUACUUAGAUGAAAAUGUCAAGUCAAAUUACGCUCCUGUUUACAUUGGUAUUUUCUACACAGCAGCAAUUAUUGGACCAGCUGCUGGUUACUUACUCGGAGGCAAUUUCCUGAAAAUCUAUACUGAGAUCAACACUAAGGUUAACCUUACCCCCGAAAACCCCUUAUGGGUUGGAGCAUGGUGGAUUGGAUUCCUUGGAGCUGGAGCAGCUGCUUUCCUCAUAUCUGUCCCGAUCCUCGGUUACCCUCGACAGCUUCCAGGGUCACAACGUUAUGUGACAAUGAGAGUCUCUGAAGCUCAUCAGCUGAAGGAUGGAAGCAACGAAUCAGCGCUGGAGCCAGAUUUUGGGAAGACAUUAAAGGACAUGCCGAGGUCAGCAUUGCUAUUGCUGAGGAAUCCAACCUUCAUCUUUCUCUGUCUGUCAGGAGCAACAGAGGCCACUCUGAUAGCUGGCAUGUCUACAUUUGGACCCAAGUUCCUUGAAUCCCAGUUUAGUCUGAGUGCCUCACAAGCUGCAACCCUAUUUGGCUACCUUGUAGUCCCAGCAGGUGGAGGUGGUACUUUCCUUGGUGGAUUUAUCGUGAAUAAGUUAAAACUCCGUUGUGCUGGGAUCAUCAAGCUUUGUCUGAUUUGUACGAUCUUUGGUUUGCUGGCUAUUUUCAUAGUCAGCAUUCACUGCCCAAACGUGCCUGUGGCUGGAAUCACUUCUACAUACAAUGGCAGUUUUUAUGAUGGUCCAGUUAAUGUGACUGCAGCUUGUAAUACUGAGUGUAACUGUUCAAUGGAACUAUAUAACCCAGUUUGUGGAGAAAAUGGUUUAAUGUACUAUUCCCCCUGUCAUGCUGGAUGUACGGAACUGAAUACAACAUUGUUGGACAAUGGCAGAAAGGUUUACCACGACUGUCUCUGUGUUAUGGAGAACCUUCAAUCUGGGCAGGGUGCUGCACAAUCUGGAAAAUGUAACUCCUCAUGUACACACAUGCCUAUUUUCCUGGUGCUAUUUUUUGUUUUGAUUUUCUUCACAUUUUUGGGCAGUAUUCCUGCACUCACAGCGACUCUGAGGUGUGUCCCUGAUAGUCAGCGAUCAUUUGCACUUGGUAUUCAAUGGAUCUUGGUCCGUACUUUAGGUGGAAUUCCAGGCCCAAUUGCCUUUGGCUCCGUCAUCGACAUUUCUUGUUUGUUAUGGCAGGAUCAGUGUGGUGAUAGAGGCUCAUGUUAUAUCUACCAAAACUCAGCCAUGAGCAUGUAUCUCCUGAUUGCUGGAAUUACUUAUAAGGCACUGGGAACCCUGUUCUUUCUGAUAGCUUUGUGCCUCUACAAGCCGCCUAAUUCUGCACUGAGUAGUUCAAAUGUGGACAAUGGAGAGUCAGAGCUACCAGCAAAAGAUAUGCCACAAAUGAUAGUAAACAAAGUAAUUACUUUGUAGCAGUUACAUUCCACUCAAACCACAUCCGUAUGUUCAUUGAAAGUGGAUGCUUGACAAUUUGCAUCAUUGCACGUCACCCAUCACUCAUCUAAGCAACCGGAAUUAUAAAACAGCCUUAGAAAUAUCAAGAUCGUACAGUUCCCUUCGUUGGUCAGUGAUGUUGGCACUGUGAAAGCCUGUUACAUUACAGACUUCCAAUCAAUUGCACACCUACAAAAGGUUUAAGUGUAGAAUCAAAAUUGACUACCAAGUGUCAAUGAAAUACAUGGUUCAGCCACAAAGCAUUCUAUUUCUGUACAAGAAUUCAACAUAAAAUUAGCCAAUGAAUGGACUGCUUUUAAUUUAGGCUUCUAAACAAGCCUCAAGAAGAUGAAAAUUGCAACAAAUUUCCACAGUAUAUGAACUUUUGAAUUCAGAGAAGGAGUAGCCAACUCAUCAUUAACUUUUACAGCUAUACUUAAGAUAUUUUGCUUUGUCUUUGUCAGAUGUUAAAAACAGCUUAUUAUUCUAUUUAUUCCCAAAUAAUUACCUCUGGGAAAAUACCAUUUUUUUAGAUAAAGGCCAUAGUUUUUGUUCCUGAGUCAGGUGUGCAGAAGCAUCUUGCUUCUGUGAAUCUGACCUUUAGAAAUGACAUGCACACUCCUCAUGUUUGGUCCAAGGGAGCAGGCUCGAUUUGAAAGUCAGGUCAGGAAAGUCUCCUGAGGCUGUUAGUUUCCUAGAGGUUGCCAUUUACCUAUGGGCUCCAGCAGUAUGUCCAAAAAUUGAAAGAAGAAAAGCCUUCCAGCCUUCGCACGCACACACACAUGCAUGUCCCUCCAUGCAAUCCCAAGCCACCUAAUGCCCAAAGUUUGAUUAGAGGGCCAUAGGUAAUGAAUAGACGGCAUUAGGUGGUAUGGGUGAUGGUGAGUGUAUGGGAGUGGGCAGGGUGAAGGCUAAGGACUGGAAGAAUAUUUUGUAUUUCUCCCCUUUAAAAGAAAUAAGGUACAUUUUUGAUCUCAUCACACAUAUAGGGUGGAGUAUGGUUACACGUUUGCAAAACUAAGGCAGAAGUUCUCAACCUUUUCAGUAUCAAGGCACACUUCCAUCUGAGAAACAAUUCCACAGCGCACUUACUUUCUUUAUACCGCAUGUGCAGUAGCAAAACUCUACACAUGUGCAGCUCUGGAAGUUUGAGCAUGUGCUGUUGCUAGGGAACACAUGGGGUCAACAGAUACUGCCUUCAGUGAUAGACACCAACAUUCCAGUGGAGAUCAGAAGCAUGGGUAUGGGCUGAGCACUCAGGUGAAGCAGCACUGCCUCCCAAAGUUUUCCGGCAAAAUUCUCACUUUGUUGCAGCGCAGCGGUUGAAGUACUCUUUUGGGAAAUUAAAAGAGCCCAUUGGUGGAAGUGAGGCACCUCUGGAAAUGUGAAAAGGCAUGAUGUAUCUGAAAAAUGUAUAAACUCAUUCAGAUUAGCAAGUUGUUAAGAAACUGUCCAACAAAAAUGUGUAGUUUAAAAAUAAUGGUGCUCGUUAGUUCAGAGAGCCUGUUUACAUGAAACCAGGAUUUGUGUUGCAUGACUGAUUUCUCAAAUUAUUAUUUUUCAUAUUGGGGUGCAUAUUGAUGGACAGCUCCAACUGCUUAUUGGAUGGAAAUAGUUGUUGACAUAAAGGAUUAAGCACUCGUGUGAAUGUAUGUUUACGUAAGACAUUGAACAUUCAAAUGAAAUGUUUGUUUUUGUACUCGAUUAUUUGAAGCAAUUUCAAUGUAAUUCUUUGCUAUUGAUGGGAGUGUGUUUUAUUUCAAUUGUGACGUUAUCAGUAGACUGAUAACUUUAUUUCUUUCAGAAUGCUUCCUGAUUUAUGCUUUUGUUGAUUAAUAGCUGAGUUAGCAAGGAGAAGAAAUGGUAAAGGGUGAUAGCACUGUAUAAGCACAGGGUCUUUAAAGGGCUAUGAAGGACUGUACGGGUGUUUGGGGGCAUAUGGAAUAUGAGUGGCCGCAGGAGAUGGAUAUAUUGGCAUGAGGGUAUCCGGGGCCAUGGAGGAUGUGUAGAUAUUUGCAAAGAGUAAAUGUGGUGCCGUGAAGGCUGAGUAGAUGGGAAUAAGGUGCCAUAGGGGAUAUGGGGGAACAUGAGGAUGGAACCCAGAACUUCCUCGACCUCUGUACACCCCAUUCUAGAACAAAAGUAGGGGCCUUUGGGUUCUACAAUACAGGGAAGCCAAAACACCACUUCAGUGGAGGUAGCGGGUGAUUUAAAUGGCAUUUGCCCCAAUAGAAUGUCCAAGAGCCCCUAGCAUAGUGGUAAUGUUUCUGGGUUAGUAAUCUAGAAGCCCAAAUUAAUAUGUGGCUUUUAAUCCCAUCAAGGGAACUGGUGAAAAUUUAAUUAAAAUGUAUUUGCACAAGACCCAACAUAAUUCGAUUGGGAGGUACAACUCAUGAUUUUAAACUAUUUUCACCAUGGCAGAGAGGGUGUCUGUCACGCUUAAAAUUUCAGCCAAAGUUUUAACUGAAUGUGAACUUGAGUCACAAACAUACCUAAUGUAUUUGAUGAUAGUUGGCUUCUUAUAUUUACUGUUCAGAUUGAGCAGUCAUCUAUCUAUCAACGUAAAUAGAUUUUUCCCAUCUAGACUACAGCAUCAAGGUUGAAAUGACUUUUUUUUUAAAUCCCUACUUACUCGAUCCUUAUAUCUGACUCCAUUCAUGGUGUAGCUUAAUGCUGAGGACUCCAGUGAAUCCACUAACCAUGCUUGAAGCCUUUUUAAAGGAUAGAAUGAUCCCUCCAGUUUUUCCAGGUUACUUUUUUAUUUGCACUACGAUUGUUACUGUAGAGACAUAAACAAAGAGGAUGGUCGCUAAACCAUGAACUUACAAAAGUUGCAAAUGCUCGAGAAUUAGAAGCCCUGCUGGGAGAUUUACUUAUUUUUAGUAUUUGACAGUGCUGCAAGCUGCUAGAAUUCCAUUUGAUGUUUAAAAGAGAAACAAAUCAAACAUCUGAAAACAAAUUCUAAAAAAUACUUCCAGAAAAAUGAGGUGAGAGCCUGUGUAGUAUUAUUAGGUGCAAUUGUCUGUAUAUCUUCACACUGAGUACUUGAUGGCCAGUGUUUCUGAAGGUGGUGAGAAGGUGGGUCACGGGGAUUUGAGAGUAGCAAAUAUUUUGCACCACCUGUAUAAGUAAUUAAGAGAUUGAUAUACUGGAUUGAUACCUGGCAGGAGGAUGAAGAAUGAGAGAUAGUAUGAAGAAUACCCAGUUUCAUAUGAAACAAUAGAGUUUUGUAAAACUGUCAUUGCUCUCUGAAUGAUAUUGAUUAUUUGCACUAAGAUCUACUGAACAGGGACAUAUUAUAUGAAAGAAAAAGUUAACGUGUUUUUGCUUACAAGUACAGCGAAGUAUUCAAUAUCAAUGCACUAUUUAUUGUUACUUGUCAUAAAAUAUAGCAAAGAUCACCUUUAUCAUAUAUUUAUCACCUUGUAAUGAUGCCAAGAUAAAGAAAACUUCAUUUGAAAUGUAGAGCUAUUUAAAAUAAAUGUGAUAUCCCUGCUAUAACAACAGGUAAUGUUCAUGUUUGCACAGCUGUAUCCCAUGGCAUAACUUCAGCCUUAUUGCACUUACAAUGAGGAAAUGAAAUUUGGGUAAUUUUGGCUCAAGGUGCGAUUUACCAUAUAUAACUCCAUCAAAUCAAUUUGUAGUUGUGAUCAAAGUUACCUAAUUUUUUUUUCUGUACAUAACAGACUUUAUGUGAUUGUAGUUUUAUGUAAUUUUUGGCUUGUUGUUCAUUUAAAAGGCACCAAUCUAUCACUGCAGUGGUUCAAAUUUACUGUAAUUUUGAACAAUUAAUGAUGAUGUCAAUUUUAAUGUCACAAUGUUCAAUAUUCAAUACCAUAUUGAAUUUUCAAAACAAAAUCUGAAUUGAGAUUGAUUAGCUGUUCCACUUUCUUGAAUUAUUAUAGAUGCCAUAUUACAGUCAAAACCUCUGAAGCUGUCUCUUGGUAGUCUAAUUAUCUCUAGAUUGACUCAUGUAAACCAUUCAGAUACUUAUCUAUAGAUCAUGAAACGCUAUUUUAGGAAAUUCUCCCAGCCAUCUUCAGAUUUGUCCUCUCAAAACUGUUCUGGCAAGGGGUCACUGUCAGAACAUUUACUCUGUUUUCUGUCUGCAGAUGCUGCAAGACCUGCCAUGUUUCUGCAGCACUUUUGAGUUUUUGUUUCAAAUUUCCAGCACCCACAGUUCUUUAUAUUUAUUUUAAUAUAAUUAUAGAGUCUGGUUCCCAGCCUCUAACCCCAUGAAAAAGUAAUUUGAUGUCCUGUGGAGGAGCUGUGUCUUAUUAUUUGAAUUUGUAAAUUAAUUUUUCUACUCUUAUUUCUAUUCAAAAGUUUGUCCAGUUAUCUAAUAAUUCAAGUAUUUUAAUGGAUUCCUCACUUUGCUCCAUUCAAAUUGUUGAAUAUUUCAAAAGUAACUUGAACCUAGUAUGCAUAAGUUAUGAAGUGUGAUGUCAGCUAGUGUUAAAAAUGCUUAGGGUUCCUGGCCCUCUGGAUAUUUAUAAACUUCAGUAGGACUCCUUAACAUAUUUUAAAAAAAAUCAUAGGCUCCUUAACACAUAAGCAAAACACUUAAAAAUUAACAGCCAAUAAUCUGGACAUGCACAUUGUAAUUUAGUCCAAUUCAAAGGCUAUAAGAAUAAAUUAAGCACUGUCAUCUGCAAUGUUUGUCUUUAUUAUUCAUUUAGGGGAUGUGGGUGUUGCUGCUUUAAUUGUUCAUCCCUAAUUGCACUUGAGAAGGUGAUGGUGAGCUGCCUUCUUGAUCCCCUUCAGUCCAUUUUGGUGUAAGUACACCUGCAGUGCUUUCAGGAUUUUGAUCCAGCAAUGUUGAAGGAACAGCAAUAUACUUCCAAGUCAGCACAGAGAGAAACUUGAAGGCAAUGAUUUUUCCAGGUUUCUGCUGCCCUUGUCCGUCUAGAUAUUAGUGCUUGUGGAUUUGAAAGGUGCAUUCUGAGGAGCCUUGGCAAAUUUCAGUAGUACAUCUUGUAGAUGGUAUACAGUUAGGCUACUGAGAUUGUUGGAGGGAGCGGAUGUUUGUAUUUGUGGUCGUGGUGCCAGUCAACUGAGCUGCAUUAUCCUGGAUGAUGUCAAGCUUCUUGUGUGUUUUUGGACUGCACUCAUCCAGGCAAGUGGGGACGAUUCCAUCACACUCCUGAUUUGUUCAUUGUAGAUGGUGAGCAGGCUUCGGGAGUCAGGGGGUGAGUUACGUUCCGCAAGAUGCCUAGCCUCUCACCUCUUGUAGUGACUUUAUUUAUGUGGCUAACAAUAACCUCCAGAAUAUUGAUUGCUGGGCCUUCAAUAAUGGUAACGUCAUUGAGUGUCAUGGGAAAUGGUUAGUUUUUCUCUCCUCUCUCUCAGUUGUCCCAUUUCUAAGCAUCUUGAAGUUAACUUCACUGUGGCUAGUCCUCCCAGCUAAAUGCUUGAAAGAAAAGCACAACUUUUUUUUUUCAAUUUAUGGAAUCCAACCACCCUCUAAAGGAGAUUUGUCCAUAUUUUAGUUUUUGAAGAAUGGACAGUACAGUAUCAAUAUAAGCUGCAAACCUUUUAUACAUAUCAAGCAGAGCUUGAAACAUAACCAAGAAAUUUAUUUUCACACUAACAAAUAUAUCAUAUAUCAUCACUGAGCCUCAAUUUUAAACUUGUGUAUUUAGCUUCUCAAAAAUAAUGGUUAAUUUAACUGCUAAUAUUAUGAUUUAUUGGAUAGAAUUACAACAAGUAUGAACAAAAUAAAGUAUAAAAAUAACACGAAAUAUAAAAUACCAAUUAUGACUAAUUCCAAUUUUCCGACUGGCAUUUUAUUUUGGUACUAGAUAUAUUUACAUUCUUAUCUAUGUAGUCAGGGAAUAUCGUGUAUAUUUCUGCAAGGAAAUCACCUGUCUUCAUAAGGGGGUGUCUCUAACCAGUUUUCAGAACAGUGUUGGAAAAUUAAUUGGCUAUCUUCCACUGAAUUGAGUAGGACUUAUAAAACCUUUAAAAUUUAUUCUACACCUAUUAAGAAUCUACAAAUAGGGCUGAAUUUAAUGAGAUCAGUGUUCCCACUAAAUGCUCGACUAAUGGCAAAGAUACAACAUAAAUAAGGAUAAAAAUUGGAUAUAACUGAAUUUGAACAUAAUUCUGUUGGCAUGAAGUGACAAUGUAGCUGCUGAGAGAGGCACACACAAUAUUUCAGAUCGAUCCUCUGACCUCACUGUCAUUAUUUUAGUGAUCUAUAGGUUUUAGUUUUCAGGAGCAACUUGCAGUUUGGUAGUCAGCACCUAAUCAGUUUCAUCCAGCAGCACUUACCACCAUGUAAAUUCAGCAAGCCAUUUGGGUUCCUGUCAUUGUUAAUGCACGCAGAGACCUUAACUUUAAUAUUAAAGUUAAAUCUCCACACUUGGGUGUCUGCCAAGGCCACCUAAAAAGAGGACCCAAUCCAGCAUGCACAUUGGCUCCUGACCCCUCUACUUUGCUGAAUUGAUUGUCACUGUCACUGUACUUGUCUGAAAAUACAAAAUGGAAGGGAAAUAUUCAAUUUGUCCUCCUUCGUGUAGUGCUGUUGGAUUAUUAACUGCUGCAAGAUAUUAAAAUUCCUGAUGCCUUGGGAGGUGUACAAAAAAUGUCAAUAGACUUUCAGCAAUACUUUACAAAUGUUGAUUGUCUUCAUCAUGAUCCAAAAUCUGAAGUAUCUUUGGUUACAUGCAGUCACAUAACAUAAAACGCACAGAUAUUUUGUAUAAAUAUUGAAAGUUAUAAUGCAUGAGGGAGUCUCGUGUUUUAAAAAGUGUAAUGAUAUGCUCAGAUAAAUUAAAGAAGAAAAUAUUUAUUGAUUUAGUUUCAAAAUUGAAGCAGUAUUUAUCAGAACCUUGUGCUGUGUUUCAUGUAGUAAAAUCUUUUUCUCUCCCACUUUAAUUAGCCUUUGACCAGUGGUUUCUGAUUAUAAGCUAUUGAUAUUGCCCUGCUGACAUCAAUUACUGACAACCAUAGCCAUAAACUGUUGUCAGUCAACAGGCUGCAGUAAAACUACUCAUUUCUAAUGCUGCAGUCAGCUUGACAGAGUUGAAGGCUAAUGGCCUACAAAGUGAACAAUGUAAUGCUGGACUAGCUUUUUUGUGAUUUGUUAUAUUGCUCACUACUGUUACUUUUUCCCUGAUGUUAUCAGUAAAUUGGCUUCAUGAAGACAUGCCUACUGUACAAUAAAUAGGGUCACUAUGUAAAUUGCUCAUUCAGAAAACUGGUGCAGAUAAGAUGGGCCAAAUAGCCUUCUCCUGAACUAUAACAAUUCUACAAUUCUGCGAAAUGAUCUAUAACAUGCUAGAAAUGGGAAAGUGAAGACCAUUGAACUAUAAAGCUACAUCCAUUAUUCUUUCAGUUUUACAGCACAUUUGUUUGGUCUAAACUAUGAUAGUAGCACAACAUAUUAUAAAAAUACAGUGCAAAACAGACUCUAAAUGGACUAAAGAUUUCUUUCCAAAAAUAUUAAGUGGAUGUUCUCUGGCACUUUUAAAAAUGUUUUUUAUUCUAAAUGUAUGGCAAAGAUUACUAAAGACAAAUAAAAAUUAACUUUUUCAGAAAGGAUAGUCUGUUACUUUCUAAACCUUUUGGACAAAUGAAUUGUAUUUUCUUUUUAAAGGAUCUAAGAUUUAAAUUCAUUCUGUGUGAUGAGCUGAAAUGGCUUGUGCAAGCAUGUGUUUGUAUAUGAAAAAAUAAAUUUAGAUAUAAAGUAGAAUAUUGAUUUAAUUUUGCAGCUCUACAUAUGUGCAGUUUAGCUAUUUAUCACAUUGCAUAAAUCAUACCAGUGAGUUGAGGGUCAAGAAUGUGUCCUGCUGAAUUAACAUGCACACUAAAGUAAGUGCAAUCUAUUGUAACUCAUUGAACCAUUAGCUAAUUGUUGUAAAUUAAUUUACUUAGUUGUAUUUAAAUGCAUUGGUAAUUAAAACUAAAUGAUGGUAGUGGAGUGAUGGCAUUUGUAUCAAUUGCACUUUUUCAGUUGUAUUUUCAUUCUUUGAAGUUACUGAUUCAUUGGCUUAGAUUUCACCACCAUCCGUGCCAAAGUAACAACAGUCAACAUAAGAUAUUUAUUCACAAAAUCUAAUGAGCUCUGUGGUGUGGAUUUCCCCUUUCCCACCGUCAGUUUAAAUUUGGCUCCAGGUCAAAGAGAUCUUGGAACAUUAAUAUCAUGAAGCAGGGUAACCAAAUAAUCAUAUUGAAGUAUUCCCACAAGCAAGCAACAACAACUGUUUUUUUUUCAAUUUAAUGUUUAAAUGAUUGUGAUACACAUUUGAGAUUAAUUUGGAAGCUAAAAUACGCUAAAACUACAUCAAAUGAUGAAAGUAUGUGUAUAUUUUUAAUCAUAAUUUUAAUCAAGCAGAUAGAGCAUAAUGUGGGAAAAUGUUUUGUUGCCCUCCUUGGCAGUGUAUUAUUUAAAUGGAGAGAAAUUGCUGAACUUGGUGGUACAAAUACAUCUGGGUGUCCUGGUGUAUGAAUCAUAAAUGGUAUGCAGUUUCAGAAAAUGACUAGGAAGAUAAAUGGAAUGUUGAGUUUUAAUGUUGGAGAUUGGAAUUUAAAAGUAAGCAAUUUUUACUGCAGCUGUAUAGGCUUGUCAUGAAACCCAAAAUGGAGUGCCAUGUACAGUUUUGCUCUCCUUAUUUGAAAAAAAAAGUUAAAAUUGUAUUGGAAACAGUUCUGUAAAGGACCACUUGACUCACUCCUGAGAUGAAGUGUCCCUGACAAAAGAUUGAACAGGUGUAUUUGUAUCCACUGGAGUUUAGAAGACUAAGGGGUAAUCUUGUUGAUUUAAGGUAUAUAAGGUAUUGAAAGAACUUUAUAGAGUGGAUGCUGGGAAAACGUGUUUGCUGUUGCAGGGAAGACUAGAAUUAGGGAUCACCAUUUAAGAAUAAGAGGUCUUCUUUUAAAGACUGAGGUGAGGUUUUGUUUUCUCUCAAAGGGUUAUUAGUCAGAACACUUUCUGAAAAGCAAUGGAGGCUGGGUUAUUGAAAGCAGAGUUAAGUAGAUUCUCAAUGAGCAAAAAAGACUAGGGUUAUGGGGAUCACUUUCUGUGAAAUUGAGAUCACUACCAGUUCAGCCAUGGUCUUAUUAAAUGGCAAGCAGUUUUGAAGAGCCGAAUGGCCUACUACUACUCCUAAGUUCAAUGUUCCUCAAGUAUUUAUUCCAUAGAUAUAGCAUUAUUCUUUUCAAAGCCAUUGAGGCUGUUUAGUAGUGUUUAUGGUCUUAGUACACUGCUAGAAUUCCAGUUACAUCUUCUUCAACAGGGUAUAACAUUUUCAAGGAUCUUUACAGCAGGAUUAUUAGUUUAAAAGUGGGACUUCUUAUCGGUUCACUAAUUUCUACUUGCUUGCAGUCUGGGGGAGUCUUCAACAACAUACUUCUACGGUGAAGUGGAGACUCACUGACUGCAAUUUCUGGUUGUUCAUCUGCAGACUCCAGAAAUUACAGUCAGUGCAGAGGAACCGUGAUAAUAAAAAUAGUGAUGGUUUUGCCAAUGUUAUAGCAGCAUUGAGGCCAUAGAGUGCCCUUAGUAAAAGUGAGCAUUGAUGAAAUAAAAAAACUGCAUUGCAUUUAUAGAUAUUUGUUAUGAGUUAGUCAUCCAUAAAUGUAUCUUCUUCCAUUUUGUUAAAUGGAUUAUCAUGAUACUUCUUUUAAACGUCUGCAAAGCAAAAGUCAGAUUUGCACAUUGUCAAUAAACAAUAGGUAACCAAGAUGAUAAAUAUUUUAUAAAACUUUUGUAACCCAUAUAUAUACUAUAUCGAAAGCUCUGGAAGAGUUGCUUAUAAAACUUUUAAAAAGAUAUAUAAUUAGAGCAUUUUCAGGGAAUAUGGAAAACUGAGUUUCAAUCUAUAAAGUAGAUUUGGAAACAACUAACAUUUACAGUAUAGUUAGCAUUUAAAAUUUCUGAAGAUACCACAACAGAAAGUAAUGCUUAAGAUAUUUCAAAUCUUCGGGAUAACUUGGAUUUUGAUUUUAAUUUAGGAGAUUGAUUUUAAUCAAAUUAAUUAGGUGAACUAAAACAUUGACUGUAGGGUUAAGUGGCUAUUCACCUAACUGUAGAUAACAUUUAGUUUAGAUAACGUCCUAAUACAUGACAAUACCUUCAAUAUAUUCAUUUCCUCCCUCUCUCUUGCUUUGCUGCCUUGGAUACGGUAGAAGUACAUAGCUUCUCACCACGUUGGUGUUUAUAAUCACAUCGCAAUUGUGUAAUGGAUAGAGAACAACCAAUUGAAAAGCCUGAGUUGUUCAUACAGCACAAAGUAAACCCAAGUGCCACAUGUACACUGCUAGUUCAUUCUUGGUUAUCAAUUAUUAUGCUAUAGCCAAGAAAACCGCAGCACAACUGCUGACUUCUCAGCAAGCUGUGCUGAUACAACAGCACAAUUUUCAAUAUUAUUGGUGUAAAGUAAAAGGAAUGUUUCCACAUCCUGAUGUGUGAACAUCCAGACUAGCUUACUAUUGUCAGAGAAGUGUUUUAUAACCUAUUACAGAGUUCUGUAAGUAUUUUUCAUGAUGCUACCAGUAAAGUUUUGGUAAUAUAUUGGAACAAAAAAAUUGCCCAUUUGCUCUGCACUCAGAUUAUGUGCUCACCUGUCAUAAAGUGUUUCUAUUUAAAAUGAUUUUGUUUAUAAUUAUGCUUUUAUACAAAUGGAAGUUGGCUUGCCUAAAAUGAGAAGUGGACUUUAAGCUUUAAAUGGAAGUGUUUGUAGUGGAAUAGGUAGAUAUGCAAAUAUACUGCUAUUGCCAAUGUAAU